AUGGGCCAGGGCAUUAAGACAGCCCUUAAGCUGGGUUAUGGCCAGCACCCACCUUCAAAAGGAAAGGCACCAUAUCAGCCCUGGCUGCCUUUGCAGUAUCACCAGUUCCUGGCCUCUAGUUCAUCCCGCUGUUCAGGUCCAUUUUGUCAAUAUUUCUUCAACAGGACAUUUAUUUACCCCUUCUUCACUAGAGGCAGACCUUUUCCACUGCAAUUGCUUUUCUUUGGCAUGUUAUUCUGUAUCUAUAAUGGCUUCCUCCAGGGGUACUACCUGAUUUACUGCGCUGAAUAUCCAAACGAUUGGUGCACCGACAUCAGAUUUACAUCAGGCCUCCUCUUAUUUCUGCUGGGGAUGGGAAUUAACAUUCACAGCGAUCUCCUGCUGCGCCAGCUGAGGAAACCCGGGGAAGUCACUUACAAGAUUCCUCAAGGGGGACUGUUCACGUAUGUUUCUGGAGCCAACUACUUCGGAGAAAUUGUGGAAUGGUUUGGUUUUGCCAUAGCAACCUGGUCGCUACCGGCCUUCGCCUUUGCCUUUUUUACUCUUUGCUGCAUCGGGCCACGUGCUUAUCACCAUCACAGGUACUAUCUCAAGACAUUUACGGACUAUCCAAAAUCAAGGAAAGCCUUGAUUCCUUUUGUUUUUUAA